AUGGAAUAUACACUCUUAGCUAAUUGUUUUUACAAUAGGCUCAAAAAUUCAAAGAGAGAUGUUUAUUUAAAAUAUAAAACAGAAAAUUCUAUAAGAGAAAAAUUUAAAUUUUCAACCUAUAACCCUAUUUUAGAUGACUCUGAUAAUGAUCAAGAUCUUGGUGAUGAUUAUAAUAUGAACUCAUUAUUUGGGCAGAGUAAUCUCUCCGUGGGAACGGAGGAUACGUUUACAACAUCCAAUGACAGACUAAACACUAAUGAUAUUACUGCUUUGAAACCUAUUAAAAGAGGACGGGUGACUGUGCGGAGAUCAGUCAAUGGUAAAAGUGGGAACCCACCAGGUCAAAUACCAGAAAAAUGGAGGGAGUAUUUUGAUUUCGAUGAAUUUAAUAAAAUCCAAUCUAUAUGUGCGAAUAAACUAUAUGAAAAAAAUAAUAGCUUUGUGAUAAAUACACCCUCUAAUUCAGGAAAAACAGUACUAUUGGAAAUUUCAAUAUUGAAAGCUCUAGAAACUUACGAACAACAAAAUAACACUGGUUUAAAAGUUAUCUACAUCUCACCUAUGAAGUCCAUUUGCUUGGAAAAAUAUAACCGAUGGAAAGCUAAAUUCACUAAUUUAAAGGUACAACUCAUAACUAGUGAUAUGAAUCAUUUCGAAAAAAAUACUAUUGGGAAUGCGAACAUUAUUGUCGCUACACCAGAAAAAAUAGAUUUAAUAUGCAAAAAAUGGGGGGAUUAUCUGACUUUUCUCAAAUUCGUAAACCUACUUUUGAUUGAUGAUAUUCAUUUUUUAAAAGAAGAACGUGGUGCUGUACUUGAGGUUGUUAUAACAAGAAUCACACAAAAUGCUUCUAACUUGCGAGUAAUUGCAUUGUGCACAAACACGGGUAAUAUUGACGAUAUAUGUUGCUGGCUAAAUUCUACCCAUCUAAUCAAUAAAGCAAAUUCUCUGGAUUUUUCAGCUUCCCAUGGACAUAUUAGAGAAAGAACGAAGGUUAUAGGCAUUCGAUCGUAUACUCCAUGGAAAGAGACAAAUAAUUCAAAAUUCAACAAAGCACUGUUUGACAUAAUAAAAGCUCAAUGUGAAAGCAAGCCAACAAUAAUAUUCUGCCCUACAAAAAGCUCUGCUGCUCGUACCGCUAUAUCACUUUGUGGUAUGAGUGUGACAACGAUAAAAAAAUCAUCAACUAACAUCAGCUUCAGAAAUACUGAUCUUCAAAACUGUUACAAAAAUUCAAUUCUAUUUUAUCAUGCUGGCUUACAUAUAGAUGACAGAAAAGAGGUUGAAAAGAACUUUGCUAAUGGGGAUAUUCAAAUUUUAUGCUGCACUUCUAAGCUGGAUAUUGGAAACAAUUUGCCAGUCUAUCUAGUUGUUAUUAAUGGAACAUCAACUUGGAAGGAUGACAGAUUAUCAGAAUAUUCGAGUUUUGAAAUAUUACAGAUGAUUGGUAGAACUGAAGGAUUCAAAUAUGAUGGUAUCGGCGGUAAGGCUAUUAUUUUGACUGAUGAUUCGAGGAUAAAGUUUUAUCAAAACUUGAUAGACAAAAAUAUAACAGUGGAGAGCAGCUUACAUAAUAAAAUAAUUGAUUUUAUCUUAGCAGAAGUCUCUUUGGGUAACAUUAAAUCUGUGAAUGACAUUGGUGAGUGGAUAAAUGCUACUUUUAUGGUUCAAAGAUAUUGUAAAAAUGUAGACCAUUAUAUGCCAGCAUUACAGAGACAGGGCCUUAUUUCACUAGGGAAUAUAUCUUCUCCAAUUUUCUAUGAAAAAAUAAUACAAUCACUACAGACCCUUUCCCUCAUCUUUGUAAAUAAGGGUAAUAUAUCCAGUACAUUGAUUGGUUCAGCAAUGUCGCGGCAUUGUAUUGAUUUCAAAACCAUGAAAUCUUUGAUAACAGCUGCUCCAAAAAAUACCGUAAAAGCAAUACUAAAAAUCGUCUCUAAGGUAGAGGUUUUCUCUAUAUACAGGGUUCGACUCAAUGAAAAAGCAACUUUAAAAGAGUUAAAUAAUUCUCAAAUUUGGUUUCGGCUUCUUACUGAAGGAGGUAAGCCACAAAUCAUUGAUCAACCUUGGCAAAAAAUAUUUCUUUUAAUCCAAUAUAAUUUAAGCAAGCCAAAAUCACAACUACUAGUAAGGCUAACACCUAAACUCAUUUAUGAACUCUGUUCUAUAGAGCGCCACUUUAUCAGAGUACUAAAAUGUUUAAUAGACAUAUUCAUUGCUAAAAAUGAUGGAAUAUCUUUGAAAAAUGCCCUAUUCGUUUUACGGUCAUUAAAUGUAGGCUGCUGGGAAUCAACGCCAUAUAUACUAAAACAAGUUAAGGGAAUGAGUAUCAAUGCUGUGGAAAAACUAUCCAAAAUGGGAAUAAAUUCUCUACAGCAAUUGACGAGUAUGAACAGAGAACAACUUGAACUUUACUUAGGACUAAAACCUGGUGCAGGGACAAAACUUUUGGAUGAAAUAAGAAGACUUCCCAUAUUAUCUUUCCAUUACCAGGCUUUUAUAGAUGAUAAAAAUUCUCUUAAUAUUAGUCCUUACAUUAGUGCCAAAGUAGCAAAACCAAUAGGGAAAAGCAAUGAAAUAUCGGUGAAUUUUUUGGCGUUAGACAAAAAUGGACAUUUAAUUGAUUUCAGAAGAUUUCCAAUGAUUUUACUAAACAAAGAACAAUCAUUUACAAUUAUGGUGGAUCUAACAAGAGUGAAUGAAUACAUCGAACUAAUUCUAAAUGUAGAAGAAAUACCUGGCAUUGGGCUUUCACGAAUCUUAAAAUUGGAAAGUAUUACUGAAAAUAUCAGCGGUACAAAACAACAAAUUAUAACUAACAGUAAUAAGAUAAUUGCUAAUUCAAAUGAUGAAUUAGAAAUGGAUAGUAACUUAUCUGAUUUGGAAAUAUUGGAGUUAGUACCGUCGGACCCUAAUAAUGAAGAUUUAUCAUUGCCAGAAGAACAACACCAGAAAGAAUCUAAUAAUCAACAAGUGAAUAACUUUGAUGGUAUUGCUAGUAAAAAUUUUAAACAACAUCCGUAUCAUAAUAAGUCAAAACAAUUUUACAAGCAAACACACUGGGAUGCACCUUAUGAGGGUAAAUCGUUUAGCACAGCAGACAUGAAUACGAUUAAAAAUGACGUCUCAAAUCAUAAAAGGCACAGAAUAUUUCCAAGUUCUCAAUCCAAUGACUUUGACUCAGACAUGGAAGACAAAAACUUUGUGGAGCUAAGCAGAGAUAUUCAAACUGAAUUGGCAUUUCUGGGCUCUGAUAUAGAUCUACAAUAG